ACGGAUGCUGAGCGCGUUGCAACGUUGGCUGGUGACGUUGCAACGGAUGCUGGUGACGUUGCAACGGAGGCAGGGCGCGUUGCAACGUUGGCUGGGGGCGUUACAACGGAGGCAGGUUGCGUUGCCACGGUUGCUGGUGACGUUGCAACGGAGGCAGGGCGCGUUGCAACGGAUGCUGGUGACGUUGCAACGGAUGCUGGUGACGUUGCAACGGAGGCAGGGCGCGUUGCAAUGUUGGCUGGGAGCGUUGCAACGGAGGCAGGGCGCUUUGCAACGUUGGCCGGGGGCGUCGCAACGGAGGCAGGUCGCGUUGCCACGGUUGCUGGUGACGUUGCAACGGAGGCAGGGCGCGUUGCAACGGAUGCUGGUGACGUUGCAACGGAGGUAGGGAGCUUUGCAACGUUGGCCGAGGGCGUCGCAACGGAGGCAGGUCGCGUUGCCACGGUUGCUGGUGACGUUGCAACGGAGGCAGGGCGCGUUGCAACGUUGGCUGGGAGCGUUGCAACGGAUGCUGGUGACGUUGCAACGGAGGCAGGGCGCGUUGCAACGUUGGCUGGGGGCGUUGCAACGGAGGCAGGUCGCGUUGCCACGGUUGCUGGUGACGUUGCAACGGAGGCAGGGCGCAUUGCAACGGAUGCUGGUGACAUCAUUGCAAUUGUUGGUCUUCAACGAGGAAUUCCUAGUAAGCGCGAGUCAUCAGCUCGCGUUGACUACGUCCCUGCCCUUUGUACCCACCGCCCGUCGCUCCUACCGAUUGAAUGGUCCGGUGAAGUGUUCGGAUCGUGGCGACGUGGGCGGUUUGCUGCCGGCGACGUUGUGAGAAGUCCACUGAACCUUAUCAUUUAG